CCCUUCUUGAUUGGUUUCUUUUUUCUGCCAUUUCGGCAGUGUUUAAGGUUCUAGAAAAGGUUUCGGACCAAAGCAUAGAGGUUUUAGGUUUUUAUAGCGCCAGUUCUUUUCACUUGUGGCAUUAGGGUUUUUGUGACGUUUGGUUGAAGACUUUCUCUCUCCAUGGAUCUUUCAGACCUUAAUUCCGCUGAAAUGCAGAAGUUCUACUCUGAAGAACAGCAAAGAGCCAUGGUUAAUGAAAUGGUGGCAAAGCUAACGAGUGAAUGCUGGGAUAAAUGCAUCACGGGUACACCUGGGAAUAAAUUCAGUUCCAGUGAAUCUAAUUGUCUUUCAAACUGUGCUCACCGUUACUUGGAAAUGAGCAUGCUUAUCAUGAAAAGGUUUCAGAGUAUGCAAUGAAGAUCGAGGGAUAUCAACGCGCUUUGUCAGUUAACAAAUGUAAUAUUGAAUUUCUCUUUUGCAUGAUCAUUCAUAUUGGAAUCUUAUUAUUUGGCAGCUUUUAUUUCUUUGGAUUAAUAUAUAUUUGUUGAGACUGUUGGGUCAAAAUAUUUAGUUUGCUUUUUGGCGUUCCUGAAAUUUAGAGACAAAUAAUGCUGUGCCUAUGGUUAUGGCGGAUAACGUAUAGCUUAUGUGACUGAAAUCUAUAGCUUUUUGCAA